UCGUAAUAAAUCCCUCAUGCACUACGUACAUCGCCGACGGAAGCAAGAACAAAAACUACAAAUCCCAAAAGAAGCAGCAGCGGUCCUGCACGAGCCUUUCCACGCCUUCUCCGACAAGAACAACAUGGCCUCUCACAUGGAAAGCAGGAGGUAUCUUCUCCGUAAUGAACACUUCCCCAGAUCCUUACAGAAGGGCUUUCAGGAGCUUAGGGAGUCUGGCUGCUUGUGCGACGUCCAGCUCGUUGCCGAAAACCAAACGUUUUCAGCGCACAGGUCCGUGCUGGCAGCCGCAAGUCCUUAUUUCAGAGUCAUGUUCACCACUGAUAUGAAGGAGAAGAACAUGGAGGCGGUGGAGCUGAAGGCGAUAACAGCUUCGGGACUCAGAUGUGCAUUGGACUUUGUUUAUACCUCUCAGCUGCAAUCCGACCUCGCAAGUAUCGAGGACGUCCUCCUAGCGUCCACCCACCUUCAUAUACCGCAGCUAACUGACUGCUGCUCCCAGAUCAUGGAGGAGUCGCUGAAUGUCGAGAACGUUUUCGAGGUCCUGUCCCUGUCCGAGAGGUACAACUUGCAGUUAUUGAAGUCCGAGUGCCUCUCGUUUAUAUCACGAAAGCUGGCCGCGGUUCUGGAGACGCAAGAAAGUCCUCUCCUGCAGAUGGAUGGAGACUCUUUCCUGGCCAUCCUCAAGAGGGACGACGUGGAUCCGCGCGUCACGGAAAGCGACAUCCUGGAGUUGGCCAUGGAGUGGCUGAACCACGAUUUGUGCGACAGGGGCCCGUACAGGGAAGCACUACUGAAAGAAGUCCGGCUCGGUCUCAUUUUCCCGUGGGACGUUGACUUCGACUCGGACGGCGACCUGUGCCGUGCCGCCGCUCUUUUGAAGAAGACAGUGCCCGAAGGUGCCUCUUAUCUUGAAAUGCUAAGCAGGGAGGACCUGAGAUUUCAGCUGGACGGCACGUUUGAGAGGUGGUUCAGGAUCCGAUCGACGCGACAGGGGGUCCUUGCCACCUGUGGGAAGACCACGGGAAGCCUGGAGUGCGAGGAGAUCAUGGUUUUGACGGGACAGUGUACGAAAGAAUGGGAGACCAUUUGCCGUCUGAAAGGAAUGUAUAACCAUUGCAGCGUGGUGCUCAACGAUUUUAUGUACAUAAUAGGGGGGCAGAACUCCUGGUUCAACGACAACCAUGAGGAGGAGGCCAUGGCGUCUGUGUGGCGUUUCGACCCCCGCUUCGGUAAAUGGACUGAGCUGGCCGACAUGAACGUCCGUCGCAGACGGUUCCACUGCAGCGCCCUGGGUGACAGGAUCUAUGCCGUGGGCGGUCGCGGGGAGGGAGGCCUUCUCUUCUCAGCGGAGUGCUACAGUCCCAGCGAGAACAAGUGGACACUCAUCCACGCCCUGCCUCGCCCACUUUCCAGCCACGCGGGUGCUGUGCUCCAAGACCGGCUGUACAUCUGCGGGGGCUCCUCAGGAGAAGUCUUCUGUGAUGCACUUUCCCGAUACGAUCCGCAGCAUGACAGAUGGGUUGACCUGUCACCCCUUCGUCAUGCUCGAGGUUUCCACAGCAUGACCACAGUGGAGGGAAAGAUCUACGUCAUCGGUGGUGUUGUGACAGGCCGGACCGACGGUGCAGCAGGCCGAUCAUAUUCGGACCUCCUAGUGACAGAGGUGUACUGCCCCGAUUCAGACCAGUGGACCGAGGUGAGCCCGCUUCCCGUGGGCCACAGCCAGCAUGGAGCCGCUGCCCUGGGGCCCUGCAUCUACAUCAUGGGGGGAUUCUCCUGGACAGCGGAGGGCUUCCUCAGCGGGGUCCAUGUCUACGACACGCAGACAGAUGCCUGGAGUGCUGGCCCUGACCUGCCACGCCCCCUGGUGGGCCUCUCUAGCGCCGCGCUCACCAUCCCCAACAGGCUGUGCCAGGGCAACAAUGUCAUCACACCAGAGCCUGAUGAGUGAGGUCAUUGGGCAAGUCGCUAGGACCAAGAACAUACAACUAAGCCGUGUGACCAGAAGCAUUUCAGCAUUCUACAAAGUACUGUACCAUACAUACACCAAAGUGGAACUGGUGCUGUCGCCCCCUACUGAGCGAGUCUUAACACUUUCCCGUCACGUGUCCAAGUGUGAGAAAUCCAGACCCGAUGUUCACAUACACAAUCCUUGUGCACAUACACAAACUCUAAACACGAACAGCAUAUUUAUUGUGAGUGGUUACGUUAAUAAGGGAACACUGAUUGGCUUGUGUGAUGAUCUUCAUCCUGCUUGUCGGAUCACUCUUGUAGUCAUUUGCACUUGAUUUUAUUUAUUUUUACAAGCAAUCUUAAAUUUAUUGUAAGUUUGUUAUGUAGCAGCGCAUCUGAGACCUGCUUGGUUAUAGCAGCUGUCAGAAGUUUCUCAUAUUACCUAGAGUAAAAACACACACUUAUUAUUUUUGGCAACUGACUUUAAAACAAAGUUGUGUAACUGCUCACUCACUGUCCAGCAUAUGCUAUAACAUUGUUUCCCAGCCUGGUCCAUGUUUUUUCCCCCCUCCCAACUCCAUGCCAGAUAGACAGUCUGGGAGGGAGCAAAAAUGGGGACUUUUGGGGGUCCCGAGGACUGGUUUGAGAAACACUCUCCUAUAACGCAGCGAGGCUCAUCACUGCUACAAAGCAUCCCAUUUAGAUCUGACUAAAUACACCUUUGUGGUUACCACUCAUUUGAUUUGUUUUAAUUAGCCUUUUGCCCAAGAAACUUAAUCAGUUGUAAAAUGCUGUUAGUUUUUUCAUUGCUUUAAUUAACUUUAACGAAGUACAAAUGCUGUAGCAGAUAUUCUCACAAAAAACAAACCAAAUGGGUAGCUUUAUUGUGGUGAAAAGUCAUGGCAUGACAGCACGUUUAACCUUCAUGAGUUUGGUAGGGUAGCUGUUCCCUGUAUGGCCAAGGUUUACACACGACUGAUAUGUCUCUCUCACAUCUCCGUUUGAUUACUCUGAGUUUGUUUUAUUCUGUUUAAUGUUCUUUGGCCUUUGUUUGGACAGUCUUGUGCAGAAGAUAGCCUCCAUGCAGCUUCCAGAGCUCAGGAGAUGUGUCCUCCUGUUGUAUAUCAACUGUGGAUUUGGCCAUGAGAUGAACACUAGGCACUUUGUCCAUCUCUGAUCACCAGAAAACACAUGUCCAAUCUGUAUCACAUUUUGAACUCUCCCUGUAGAUUAGCACGGGCCUCCAUGUCUCAAGGACAUUCCUUUAUAACAACGCCUGCAAUUCUAUGUCUGAUGAGAGAAUGCUUGACUUUCCAUCCGGGCAUCCGUACAGCAAACGGCACCCAUAACCACCUCCGAGGACUUGGGCUUACAUUCGUCAUGAGUUUCAUAACACAUGAACUAUAGAUGAAUUCUCCAGGAGCCACUUAAUCAUUCCUGCUUUGUCAAACAGUCCUGGGCUCACAUUUGUGCAAUACAGAUAUCUGUUUGACUUGAAGUUUUUUCACUACAGUGUAAAUAUGUAAACGAAGCACUGAGGUAUACUGUGCCUUUGAAGAUGUGGUCUGAAAUGCACAUUGUAAUGCCAUUAUACUCAAACAGAUGCCGCGUUAACUCGCAUUAACAAAGAAAUGGACAGGUCAAACGUGUCUGCUGGCACUAGUCUUCUGAAAUGACUUUCCCCAGAUGAUUAAAAUGUAAAUGUGCCUGUCACAGUGGCAGGGAAAGCAGGGUGGACUGGGGAGGCAUACUGGACUGGGCUUGAUCUCCAGCUUGCGGAGGAUGUCUCAUGGCGCCAACUUGCUAUGCUGGGGGAGUCCCCUUCAUCGCUUCCAUCUGGCAGCCAGUCCACCAUUUCCGGGGAUUGACCCCUCUCCGGUGGGGAUUACACUGACUGGUCGCCAUUCCCUAGGGUGAUGCUGGAGAUGAUGCCCUGUCAUGAUCAAACAUCACAAAAUAGUGGGGUCUUCGUAGGGGACGUUUUGCAGGUUUGUGUGUUGAUUUCCAAUGAGAUAUUUAUGAAAAACAGACAAAGAUUUCUGACCAUUUUCUGGACCCAAAUAGCACAGCAGCAUCUACACAAACAGACUUGCUUCCUACAAAGCGUUUCAUCUCCUAAUGUUGUGUACAGCAGUAUUAAUAUCAUGCUGCUAUUCCUCUUUCUUAAUGUCUGUUGUGGUUUGCAACACCUGACCAGUUAUCCACAAGACAAAGGCUAGAUAUAUUUAAAAAAUAUGUGUCGUUACUUGCAUAACUUGUAUGACUUGUACAUAUUAAAUUAUAUUUGAAUGUUUUGGUUUGUUAGGUACUUACUAUGGGAUAAAUCCAGUAACUGUACUCUUUCAAUCAAGAGAUUCGUGGAUUAAUUAAGAGAACUCAUCACCUUUUCUUUUUGGUGCAAUUUCUAGGCAAUUCCAUCAUGCUAGGAAAUUUUGCAGUAGUAAAUUUAGUUCAGAAUUAAGCAUUUAAUCGAAAGGUUUAUAGAGUAAAAAUAAAAUGAAUGAAGUUUCCUUCAAAGGACUGACAUUCCAUCCCAGGUAGCCCGCACCUUGUGCCCAGUGUGGACAGGCUGCAGGUUCACCCUUUGCAGGAUAAGCAGUUAUGGAAGGUGAAUGGAUGGAACACUAUUCACUUUGUGACUUUAGAACAAAUAUGAACUUAAAUGUGGCUGUUUGUGCAGAUGCUCUUUUCCAGAUCGUAUCUCUAAGAAACCCCCCGUCUGAGAUAAUGAAAUUGGCUCUCUAAAGAGGCACCCCCUCAGAAGAUGGUAUCUUAAGUGGCCACCUAUGUUGCCUGAUGGGUUGACCAACACUGCUUACAAUAUCCACGAGCCCAUAAGGGGGGGAAGUUAGGACAAUUCCAAGGGCCCCAGUCCUAAAAAAAUUUAACCGUAAUUGGAUUCAUCUGGGUUAUGGGCCCAAAAUCUCUAGCAGCACCCCUGCUUAGAGUCAGUAAUUCCUGCCUGCCAGAUCCUACUGUGUAACUCUCCCUCCAUCUGAUUUUAUUUUAUAUCAUUUUAAUCUUGAAAGGCCUGCUCUCUUCGUCUCCCUCUUCCAGGAAGAAUGCUUCCUCUCACAAUCAAAACAUCCUCCUUCCUUUCCUCUGUUCCACUGAUGUAUCCUCCAGUCAGUUCUCACCAAAGAAUGCGAAUGUGAAUUGAUGGUUUGUAUUUUGGCCACCAGGUGUUUCCUUUUAAAUGUGAUUCUUGGUUUGCUGUUUUUUGUUUAACCACUGUGUCGUCCACUAUAGCGUUAGGUCUCACAUGUACAGUGUCUUGGGACUGGUCACUGUUGACUAUAUAACUGUGGAUCACUUGAUUAAACUGAAGAGUGUGA